AUGACUGGGGAGCUCGCGCCUUCCACUGGGCCCGUCGUGGGCGACCAGCGCAAGUUCAGCAAAGCGAAUUUACGACCGCUGAUCUUUUGCAGCAUCGCUGUAGUAGGUGCGGUCCUCUACGGCUAUGAUGGAACGUACUUCAGCGCCAUUCUGGAGAUGAGGAAGUUCAAAGAGGAUUUUGGUACAGUCAUCGACGACAUGGGAACCAUCGACAUUACGUCCUCUCAACGAUCCCUUCUAGCCUCCAUCGUCCAGGCGGGCGAGUUCUGCGGAGCGCUCGCAAGCGCACCCAUCGGCGACUUUGCCGGACGCAAAGGUGGCUUCAUCAGUGCUGGUAGUCUCGUUGCUUUGGGCACUGUGCUGCAGAUGGUCCACACCGGCAGCAUUCCCCUCAUGACCGUCGGACGGCUCGUUCUCGGCGCAGGAGUCGGUGUCAUUUCUGCGACGACUAGUCCCUACCUCAGCGAAAUUGCUCCCGUCUCUCUUCGUGGCCCUGUCGUGUCCGCAUGGCAGCUCAUGCUUGCCAUUGGUCAAGUCAUCGGAGCCGGUGUUGGUCUAGGCACAAGGGACAUGGACAAUUCCUGGUCUUACCGCAUUCCGAUCAUUCUCAACUUGGCCAUCGUGGCCAUUCUCAUGUUCGGCAUCAUCUUUGUCUGCCCAGAAUCCCCUCGUUGGCUCAUCAACAAGGGUCGCGACGAGCAAGCGCGAGCAGCUCUUCGACGUAUCCACAAGGGCCAAGACGACCCCAACAAGGUGGUGGACCUAGAAUUCUCCAAUUUCUACCAGGCGCGACAAGAUGAGAUCGCCUCCCAGGGUGAAGGUGGCUGGCUUACGCUGUUCAAGAGCAAGCAUGACCGGAGGCGUCUCGCAAUGGUCAUCGGCGUGCUCAUCUGCCAGCAGAUAAGCGGAAUUCAAAUCGUCUUCAGCUACUCCGCCGUCCUCAUUGCCAGCUUAUCGCCAAACUUUGACGGGAUUCUAGUCAACAUCAUCUACACGAUCGUCGAGGUGGUUGGAGUACUCGUCGCCUUCUUGCUGGUGGACCGUUUCGGCAGGCGACCACUGCUUUUAUGGACCAGCGUUCCGAUGGUGAUCAGUCUCCUCAUUGCCGCUGCUCUGGGAUCCCUCAACGACCGCAGCGACAAUCAGAACCGUGCCAUCGCCGCCAUGUUCGGCAUCUUUGUCUUUGCCUUCAACAACGCUUGGGGUCCCUUGGCUUGGGUCUGCGCAUCCGAGCUAUCUACUGGUGGGCAGAAGCAAAAGAUCAUGGCUGUCGGCUCUGCAUGCUUCUGGAUCUCUGCUUGGGCAGUCACCUUCACUCUGCCUUACCUCUUUGAUGAAGGCGAGGCGAACCUUGGCUUCAGGGUCGGCUACAUCUACUGCGUCGGUGGUCUUAUUGCCGCGUGGUAUGUCUGGACUUUCAUCCCCGAGACGUUCGGCCGCACUUUGGAGGAGAUUCAACAGAUGAUUCAGAAUGACGUUCCCACCCGCAAGUGGACCUCUUACGUCACCCACUUUGAGGGCACGACUUGGAACAACGAUGUGGCUCGCGAUGGAACGAGCAGAAACUCUGCCGACAAGGCCGGAAGUCUGGACGUCAAGCCCGACCAGCAGGCAACUCAGGUCCUCGACGCCUGA